AUAAUACCACACAAAUGCCCUCUUCACUAUUCGAAUUUACACAAUGUGCCACCACCGUAGAAAACAAAUAAGAAACUCACCAAAACAAAAAAAGGAGGAGGACUUGAAACAAACAAGGAUAGAAGAAAAAGAAGAAGAAGAAGGACAAGUUUGAGACUUUUUGGAUAUUUUAAGAAGGCGGGUCGAAGCUGAAGCUGAAGCUGGUGAGAAGGAAAUCAAAAUCAAAUCGUUUCUCUUGUUUUGCUGGAUUGGAUCGGGAAAUCUACAAGCUUGAAGAUUCGUUUUUUUGAAAAUUUGUUCGAAUCUGAACAUUCGAAUUCGAGUGAUGUUUUGCUUGAUUCGUUCGUUGAUUCGAAGAAGAGUUUAUGCUUAGAGCUGUGAAGAUUCUGAUUUUGGGUUUGUUGAUUGGAACUUUUCUAGCUAGGCGGUAGAUAUGUUGAGUAGGUACGGUGGUUCCUUCUUCCCGUAGAUUUACUGAAGAUGUUCUUCUGCAAAAACUGAAUCUUCUUCUUCUUCUUCAUCAACUUGAUUGAUCAAAGUCUAUUUUUGGAAUUUGAAAAGAAGAGACUUUUGAAAAGGGUCAGAUCGAUUUCGGAGGAGAGAGAGAGAUAUGGAUGAGGUAGGUGCUCAAGUAGCUACUCCGAUGUUCAUUCAUCCGUCGCUAUCUCCGAUGGGGAGAAAACGUGAUCUUUACUAUCCGAUGUCGAAUCGGCUGGUUCCGUCUCAACCGCAGCCGCAGCGUAGAGAUGAGUGGAACUCUAAGAUGUGGGAUUGGGAUAGCCGGAGAUUUGAAGCUACACCGGUGGAUGCUCAGACUCUUCGCCUUGGCAACGAGACACAACAGUUUGAUUUGACUUCAAAGAAUAGGAGUGGAGAAACAAGAGGACUUGAUUUGAAUCUGGGAAGUGGGUUGACCGCUGUGGAAGACACCACGACGACGACGACGCAGAACAUUAGACCGAACAAGAAGGUUCGGUCUGGAUCUCCGGGCGGGAAUUAUCCGAUGUGUCAGGUGGAUAAUUGUACUGAAGAUUUGUCUCAUGCUAAGGAUUAUCAUAGAAGGCAUAAAGUGUGUGAAGUUCAUAGCAAAGCUACUAAAGCUCUCGUCGGCAAACAGAUGCAGAGGUUUUGCCAACAGUGCAGCAGGUUUCAUCUGCUCUCGGAGUUUGAUGAGGGAAAGAGAAGUUGUAGGCGUAGAUUGGCUGGCCACAACCGAAGGAGGAGGAAGACAACACAGCAGGAGGAGGUUGUGGUUCCGGGGAACCGUGAUAAUAGCUCUAAUGCCAAUAUGGAUCUUAUGGCUUUGUUAACCGCCUUAGCUUGUGCACAAGGUAAGAAUGAGGUGAAGCCAGUGACUACUUCUCCAGCUGUGCCUGAUAGAGAGCAGCUUCUUCAGAUACUUACCAAGAUAAAUGCAUUGCCGUUGCCUAUGGAUCUUGUCUCUAAGUUGAACAAUAUUGGAAAUUUAGCCAGGAAAAAUCUGGAUCAACCUACGACGAACCCCCCAAAUGAUAUGAAUGGCGCUUCUCCUUCUACAAUGGACUUGCUUGCUGUUCUUUCAUCAACGUUAGGAUCAUCUUCACCUGAUACACUAGCCAUAUUGUCUCAAGGUGGGUUUGGUUACAAAGACAGUGACAAGACUAAGUUAUCUUCGUAUGAUCACGGUGUUGCAACCAAUGUGGAAAAGAGAACUUUAGGGUUUUCUUCUGGUGGGGGAGAGAGGAGCAGUAGCAGUAACCUAUCUCCAUCUCAGGAUUCAGAUUCACGUGCUCAAGACACUAGGUCUAGCCUGUCUCUACAAUUAUUUACCUCAUCUCCCGAGGAUGAGAGUCGACCAACGGUGGCAUCUUCUCGAAAGUAUUAUUCUUCUGCAAGCAGUAAUCCUGUUGAGGAUAGAUCUCCGUCGUCCUCCCCGGUCAUGCAGGAAUUAUUCCCAUUGCAGACGUCCCCUGAAACCAUGAGGUCUAAGAAUCACAAUAACUCAAGUCCCAGGACUGGUUGCCUACCGCUUGAGCUCUUUGGUGCAUCAAAUAGGGGAACUGCAAACACUAAUUUUAAAGGUUUCGGGCAACAGUCUGGGUAUGCUUCUUCUGGUUCUGACUACUCUCCUCCCAGCUUAAACUCUGAUGCUCAGGACCGCACUGGAAAGAUAGUCUUCAAACUACUUGAUAAAGAUCCAAGUCAGCUCCCUGGGACAUUACGAUCGGAGAUCUAUAACUGGCUUUCGAACAUUCCAUCAGAAAUGGAGAGUUAUAUUAGGCCUGGCUGUGUUGUUCUAUCUGUCUAUAUAGCGAUGACACCUGCAGCCUGGGAGCAGCUCGAGCGAAACUUACUGCAAAGGCUUGGUGUUUUGCUACAAAAUUCUCAGUCUGAUUUUUGGAGAGAAGCUAGAUUUAUAGUUAACACGGGGAGACAGCUCGCAUCACACAAAAAUGGUAGAGUUCGAUGUAGCAAAUCGUGGAGAACUUGGAAUUCACCAGAGCUCAUCUCAAUUUCACCUAUAGCCGUAGUAGCUGGUGCAGAAACAAGUUUGGUAUUAAGAGGUAGAAGCUUGACUAACGAUGGGAUCAGUAUUCGUUGCACACAUAUGGGCACCUACAUGUCGAUGGAAGUAAUUGGAGCAGGAUGUAGACAAGCAGUAUUUGAUGAGUUGAAUGUAAAUAAUUUCAAAGUGCAAAAUGCACAGCCGGGUUUUCUUGGACGCUGUUUCAUUGAGGUGGAGAAUGGAUUCAGGGGUGACAGUUUUCCAUUGAUAAUUGCCAAUGCAUCCAUCUGCAAAGAGUUAAAUCGCCUUGAAGAAGAGUUUCACCCCAAAAGUCCGUCAGAAGAACAAGCUCAGAGCUCAGAUCGACGUCCCACAUCAAGAGAAGAAGUUUUGUGCUUCUUGAAUGAGCUUGGUUGGCUUUUCCAGAAGAACCAGACCUCUGAACUUCGGGAACAAUCCGACUUUUCCCUUGCCCGCUUCAAGUUUUUGCUCGUUUGCUCAGUUGAAAGAGAUUACUGUGCUCUCAUCAGAACACUCCUUGACAUGUUAGUAGAGAGAAAUUUGGUGAAUAAUGAGCUGAACACAGAAGCCUUGAAUAUGCUCGCUGAGAGUCAGUUGUUGAAUCGUGCUGUUAAGAGGAAAAGCACAAAAAUGGUCGAACUACUUAUUCAUUACCCAGUUAAUCCCUCGGCACUCAAGUCCUCUAACAACUUUGUUUUCUUACCCAACAUAACUGGACCUGGCGGUAUCACACCUUUACAUCUAGCUGCGUGUACAUCUGGGUCAGAUGAUAUGGUUGAUCUGCUGACAAAUGACUCACAAGAGGUCGGAUUAUCAAGCUGGAACACUCUUUGUGAUGCAGCCGGCCAAACUCCAUACAGCUACGCUGCAAUGAGGAACAACCAUAGCUAUAACUCUCUGGUGGCUCGUAAACUUGCAGACAAAAGAAACAAGCAAGUCUCACUAAACAUUGAGAACGAGAUUGUUGACCAAAGGGGUAUGAGCAAGAGAUUAAGUUCAGAGAUGAACAAAUCAUCUUGUGCGUCGUGUGCAACCGUGGCUCUCAAGUAUCAGAGGAGAGUUUCAGGUUCACACCGUUUGUUCCCAACGCCUAUCAUUCACUCAAUGCUCGCAGUUGCAACAGUCUGCGUUUGCGUCUGCGUUUUCAUGCAUGCUUUCCCAAUCGUGAGACAAGGAUCUCACUUCAGUUGGGGAGGUUUGGAUUAUGGCUCAAUCUAGACAACAACAUAUAUAUAAAUUAUAAUUUUAUUCUUUUGGUUUCACAAAAUAAGAGAAAAAGGGAAGAGACUUCGCACGAAUAUAUAAGGAAAAGCUCAGAGACUUGACUGUGACAACGACCAAAGUGUGACUACAGUAGUAUUACUCAAGGGAGUUUCACCGUCGGGAGUUCUUUUUUUUUUUUUUCAAUUAUAUAUAUUUUGGUUUGGCUAAUUUGUUGUGUGUAUUUCUGUGUAUUUUGUUUCUAUAUUUUGAUUAUGAUUAUUCUUUAACUAAGAUAAUAACCUGCUGCUUCAUAUAAGAGGCAGUUGUUUUACUGUUUUUUUGUAUUUUGGUUCUUGUAAAUUUGUACUUUGUACAACUAGCUCCUUGUUCAUGUUGUAACUUGAAUAACAUUGUUUUUUUCUUUCUUUUUU